CCUUCGCACAGUCUUUUUGACCCUACGCGGCUUCCGUACACAGCGUGGAUUCAAUGACAUUCUGAGCUUUCAUAAGUCAUUUCGCUUUAACACGGUUUAAAGAUGUCGUUAACCUUUUUAUUCAGAACAAUUACAAAAGACUUUGCAAAGGUCAAUACUUACCAUGUACAGUCAUUACACACAGGUCUUCAGCUCCUUGCAGCUGAUAAAUCUCUCCUGUUAAAACUGCGGAAAAUCACCGGCUACACUUUCAUUAACUGCAAGAAAGCCCUAGAGACGUUUGAUAAUGACAUUGCACAGGCAGAGACCUGGCUAAAUGAGCAGGCGCAGAAGGAGGGCUGGAACAAAGCAAACAAGCUGGAGGGUCGCAAAGCCAAAGAGGGGCUGGUUGGCCUGUUUAUGGGACAUAAAGCUGCAGUUAUGGUGGAGGUUAACUGUGAGACAGACUUUGUUGCCCGCAAUGAAAAGUUCCAGCAGCUGGUUAAGGAAGUGGCGUUUGCAACCUUGGCUCACCACCGGAAUAAAACAAAAAGCCAGGACGGAUAUGUGAAGAGUGUCCUGGUAGGUGAUGAGUUAAACAAGCUCAGUUUGGCAGAAGGAGCUUCACUUUCUGACAGGGUGGCUCUCACAAUUGGUCGCCUCGGGGAGAACCUGUCGGUGCGGCGGGCAGUUAUGGUGGGUGUCCCGGCUGAGUGGAACAUUGGCUCAUACGUACAUGGUGGUGUGAGCGGCCAGACGGAGGUGGCCAUGGGUCGGUACGGCGCCCUGGUCAUUUUCCAGGGUGGAGCGGAUGGAGCGCAGCAAGUUCUCGGGCGUAAGCUGGGACAGCACAUAGUGGGAGAGUCCCCUGUGUCCCUGGGCAACAUGGAGGACCUGCCCUGUGGGGAAAGUGAGACCCGCCUGCUGCCUCAAACUUUCCUGGGGGAUCCAAGCAGGACUGUGGCUCAGUUCCUCAGAGGUCAACAGGCUCGAGUGCUUGACUUUGUCCGAUUUCAGUGUGGCGAGACAACGAGCGAAGAAGCCAAAUGAAGGAAGAUCAUUUAUCUUAAAGGAUUUUUCAUGUGUCUUAAUUGAAAAUGAAGAUGAAAUGCCCAUUUAUCCAUCAGUCAAACAGUAUCAGCAUGAAUUACAAAGCUAUAUAUAUACAGGUCAACCAGCAAAUGACUAAUCCAACAAUAAAGUGUGUUUUUUUCCCCCUGGAAAUCUGUAUCGAAA